CAGACGUCUCUCCUACUCUGAAGGUAACCGGUAGACUACUAACGUGAAUGUUGGGGAUAAAUAUUGGUGACGCAGGCUGUGCUUUAAUCUGGCAGUGAGUGGAAGCAGCUACCUGUCUACCACGCCAAUGGCUGACAACAGCAUUCCAAGCUUUAAGGCAGCUGACCUGGUUAUCCAGCUGUCCUCCACUCUAAAGAGCAAACCAGACGUUUUUUCCUUUGGAACUGUCUUCACUGACCACAUGCUCACCAUAGAGUGGAGUGCGACUGAGGGCUGGCAGGCUCCGCUCAUCAAGCCCUUUGGGAACCUGUCACUCGACCCAGCCUGCUCGUCACUACACUACGGCAUACAGCUGUUUGAAGGCAUGAAGGCGUACCGUGGGGAUGACAACCGACUGCGCCUCUUCAGACCGAUGCUAAACAUGAACCGCAUGGCCAACUCAUCUAAAAGAGCUUGUCUACCUGCCUUUGAUCAGUCAGAGUUGCUGGAGUGCAUCAGACGACUGGUAGAGAUCGACGAGGACUGGGUUCCUCACACAAACUCAGCCAGUCUGUAUAUUAGACCAACAUUUAUCAGCACUGAGCCCUCUCUGGGUGUAAAGAAGCCGUCCAGUGCCUUGCUGUAUGUGAUCUUGUGUCAAGCAGGCUCUUACUUCAACAACGAGGCUGAGGCCCUCUCCCUGUGGGCCGAUCCAAAGUACACACGGGCCUGGAAAGGAGGAACAGGAGACUGCAAGAUGGGGGGGAACUACGGGUGUGCUCUGUUUGCCCAGUACGAAGCAGUGGAUUAUGGGUGCCAGCAGGUGCUGUGGCUAUAUGGAGAGGACCAUCAGAUCACUGAGGCAGGAACCAUGAACAUCUUCCUGCACUGGAUCAAUGAGGAUGGGGAGGAGGAGCUUGCCACUCCUCCCCUGGAUGGCAUCAUACUCCCAGGUGUCACCCGACAGAGCAUCUUGGAUCUAACCAGGAAAUGGGGUGAGUUUAAGGUGACGGAGCGCUACCUGACCAUGGGCCAGUUGUGCUCAGCCCUGAAGCAGCAGCAGGUCAAAGAAAUGUUUGGCUCUGGCACCGCCUGCAUGAUCUGCCCUAUAGGACACAUUAUUUACCAGGGAGAGAACUUGCACAUCCCCUGUCAGGAUAAAAACUCACAGUUGACUUCACAAAUAGCAAAGGAACUCACAGAUAUACAGUAUGGCCGGACACCCAGCGACUGGACUUUCCUGGUGUAGCAGGGAUAAAGGAGCCUGGCGCACACGUUUAAACAGUGAACAGUGUGUGUACAGAAAGACAUAUUAUUAUGCAACAAACCAAAAACAUACUGUACAUGUAUAAUAAUAAGGAAACAGUGUAUGAGCAAUAUUUGUAGUGCAACUGCAACAUGCUGAAGAAAAGUUGGCUCUGCGGUGAGUAUGUCGUACAACUUUACUUCCUUUUAAACUUAAAUUAAUGACAAACACACAACUGUCCAAAAUAAUUAACAAAAGGGGCGAAAUAUCUCAUGCAAUACUGCACAAUAACUUACACUGUCUCUCGCCUUCCAUCCAACCAACAUCCAGGAUACAGCUGUAGCUUUGAUACAACAUCAAAAGCAAAAAAAAAAACGUGCAAUAUUAGUUACAGAGAAUUUCAUAUUUCUUGUGUCAGAGUUACAAAGCAGCUUUAAAGGGACUUGAAUCUGUGGGUCUGGUGUGAAAAGAUUAAUUAAAAAAAAGACAGUUUAGGAGGGAAAUUUUCAUUUUCAGUUUUAGUUGAUACUGUAUACUGCGCCAGUGUCUUUCUGGCGUUCACUAUGCAGAAUUCAUGGUCAUUUCUUUCUGGUGUUGUAAGCAGGUGUGUUUUAGACAAAAUACUAUCUAAAGUCCUGAUAUAAUAAAGAAUAACAUGUUAACUUAAACUAUGAAAUGGUCCGAAGUCUUGUCAAUGUUCAGACCAGUGUAAACCUAACUCACUCAGUGUAGCACAAGAAAUGUUCAGCUGACGAAUAGGACUUUUGUGCUACUUUAAAGAAAUAGUUUCAUAUGUUUUUUGAUUUCUUCAUGAGCUUUAGAUGAGAGGAUUCAUUCACAGUGAUAAUAAGACUCCAGGAAGUCACUGCUACCUGGCCAAGAAUUAGUCAGACAUAAAACUGCGGCGUGUCAAUUUUAGACUUCACCUUUGUAUGAAUUAUACAAACAAGAUAUAACUUGUUAAUUAGUGAGUCUUAGAGGUGCUGGGAGGUGUUUCCUUUGAAUAGAUACAGGCUCGCUGUUUCCACCUGUUUCCAGUCUUAAUGCUAGGCUAAGUUAACUGGCUGGUGGCUGUAGCCUCAUAUUUAAAAUAGAGACACAAGAGCGGUAUCAGUCUCCUCAUUUAACUCUGUUGGAUUAAAAUGGACCUAUGUACCUCGUUAUGGGUACUGAUAUUUUCUGGUGAUCAAUAUAUGAUGUCUUAAGUCCAGUAGUUGAA